AAAAAUCGAUGAAAAAAAAUUAUCGUUAUCGGACGUAUCGAUAUCAUGUCAAAUCAUUUCGAGUUCAUUUUCACAAGUCGUCGUCUUCAAAUUUACUUUUUGUCUUUCAUUUAGUUUCGAUUACAUUUUUUUAUUUAUUUAUUUCAUAAUUGAACACAUGAACAUGAACAUGAACAUUCCAUGUCUGUGUGUGAUGCUUUGAUGAUGAUGUGGUAAUUUUUUUUUUUUUUGUUUUCAUGUAAUACAUACUCAGCGUUUGUUUGUUUAUUCGGCGUUUUUUUUGUUUGCUGUUUCCAUGCUACAACCAAACACACACCCAAUUAGUUUUGUCUUCGUCGUAGUCUUCGGCGUCGUUGUAGUUGAAAUUUUUUUUUUCUUCAAGCAUUGAUUUUUAUAAAUUCUUCUUGUCGAUUCUGGUCGUCGUCGUCGUCGUGGUGAUUGUUGAUGGUUGAAAUCAAAUUGAAUUUCCUGUAAAUUGAAUAUCCACAGGAGAAAUAAAAUCAAUUUUCAUUCGCUGUAUUCACGGCACACAGAUUUGUUAUUGAUUAUUUCGAAUCGACAAUAAAAUAUGGAAAUUGAAUCAAAAGAAACUACGCCGACAACAACGGAUAUGGAAAAACGAAAAUCCGUUUCAUUUGUUGAUGAAAAGUUGAUUGAUAAUGCAAUUAAAUCAACAACAACGUCGGGACAUUAUCAUCAGCAACAAUUGAAAUCAAAUUCAACACAAUCAUCAUCGAAUCCUGUGAUUAUUUAUUAUAGUAAUCCUGAUGUUGAAAUUAAUGUUAAUGAUUUGAUUGAAAAGUGCCAAGCACAACAACAACAACAACAACAAAAUUCUGAAACCGAUAAUAACAAUGGACAAAAUAUGAAACAUCAUCAUCCGGCUAAACAUUUACUAUCAAAUAGUAAUCAUCAUCAUCAUCAAAAUGGUAGACAAAAUAAUUAUCAUCAUCAUCAUAAUGGUGGUGGCCAUUAUAAGCCAGGAUCAUCCACAUCGAAACAACAACAUCAUCAUCAUCAUCAUAAUCAACAAAGAUCGAGUAAUGAUAAUAAUUGGCGUAAUCAUCAACAUCAUCAUAAUAAUAAAAAAUCGAAUGCAAUGAAAAAUGAUUAUCAUGAUUAUCGAUCGAAUUCAAAUUCGAAUGAUGAACAAACCGAUAAAAAUAAUAAAACGUCAACCGCCAUCACCGCCAAUGGAACAUCAUCUUCUGAACCAAUUACAAUCUAUUAUAAUGAUAGCAACGUUUCAUUGGAUGAAAAUCUUAAAUUUUUGAAAGAAACAUUGUCAAAAGAAAAAAAUGAUUCAAAAACCGAUUCUAGUCAACCACAACAACAACAAAAGCCAUUGGAAAAAGAAUCCAUAAAUGAUACUGUGAUAAAAACGGACGAUACUACUACUGCUAAUACUUAUGCUACUGGUCAUGAAGAACAGGAAUCAAAAAUCGUAUUGAAAACUUCUGAAGAAAUUCUACCACCACCGAAAAUAACUGAAUCAAAUUCUAAUAUAUCGACACUUGUCAUUUCAAAUGAUCCAGAAGAUGUUAUAAGUGGUGGUACACCGAUUGAAAAUCCACGAUCACCAACAGCUGAUGCCAAUGUUGAUUUGAAAAUGGUUCGAUGUACCAUCAUAUCACAUCCUGGACAUUUUUACGUAAAAUUUAUUAAUACCGAUCAUGAAAACAAAUUGAAUGCAAUGAAUCAAUUUUAUUCACAAGAUGAACACAUUGAAUUAACAUUGGAUGUGCUACAGCCAGAACAAUAUUAUGCUGCUCUACGUACAAAUGAUGAAGGAUGGAUACGUAUUAAAUUAUUACAAACUGAAUCGGUACAUCAAAUUACCUGUUUUCUAAUCGAUCAAGGUUGUGUGGAUAUAUUACGUCUGAAUCAAUUGCAACCAUUAUAUAGCCAAUUUCGUUCAGUGCCAAGACAAUCGAUUCGGGUCUCAUUAUCAGGUAUUCGACCACGAGAAAGUGAUGAUUGGCUACCGAAUGAAGCAUUGGAAUUUAAAAAACUUUUAGACAAUCAAACAUUAAAAGUUGAUUUUAUUGGCAACGAUAAUGGUGAGGCUAAAUGGGGCCAAAUUGUUGAACCAGAUUCGCAGCUACAAAUAUGUUUAAAGUUCAACGAAGAUCAUGAUGAUUCAAAAUUAGCUGGUCGAUCUGUUGCCGAUGUUCUUAUCGAACGUAAUCUGGCCAUUGCUGCCAAUUAGAGAGUACAAGUAAAAUUGAUAAAAAAAAUCGACAGAAAAAAACAAAUCAAAACAAAAAACUGUGACCUUAAAAAAAAUUUUCA